GCCAAUGACAGAGCCCGGAGCAGCAGACGCUCAAAUGUCAUCCAACGAUGCGGACGCGUUUGUCGCUCUGUCCAAUCUCCUGGACUCGAUAACGGCAACACCAAUGAAUCGUUCGCUGCACAUUCAACAUCUCGCCCUAUGCAAAUCGACCCCGGUACUUGCCGCUCAGUUAGGCACGGCGCGCGAUAUGUACACUUCCCUUCUUGCAGUACCGGAAAGUGUCUGGCUACCAAUUCUCGAUGAGAGGACUCAGGAGACGAGUAUUGAAGAAUUGGAAGCCGUCAAUGCGAUGCAUGAACUCUUCGUCAAAGCAGAAACUGACUACCUCUCGAUCGAGAUUCUCAAACGUCACGCCACUUUCCUCAUAACGGUGUCAGAGUUGACGUUAUCCGAAGAAGGGUUCAAAAUGAGUGGAUACAAUGAGGAUGAUAUCCGUACGAAGUUGCAGGAAGUUGUCAGCCGCGGGGAGGGGGAUAUGGCGCACGGGUCCGAGGUCUGGAACCUGUGGAUCGAGUGGGAGCUGUCGAGGUUGGAGGCGAUCGAAGAAGCCCGACAGGACCGAAUCGCCACUCUACACGAAGCAUAUCUUGCACGUCUGGAUUUCCCGCAUGCUUCGAACGACUCUACUUUCGAAGCUUAUUCUGGCUUCGUGUCUACAUAUUUGCCACCCGCAGCCUAUGAGGACACGAUGGUCAAAGCUUCUGCUGCUCGGCAAAAUGCGCUGCGAGAAUGGUCCAAGAGAGCCGAUCAUGAGAGGGCCCUGGUCAACGGCCCGGCCGCAUAUGCUGCCUACCUUCGCUGGGAGAAGAACCCGCACGCGCUCAAAACCGAACGGGUCAGAUGCUUGUAUGAACGUGCGAUAGCAGACGCAGCGGGUCGACGAUCUGCAGAAGGGGAUGAAGGCGUUGCCGCCGGGAAAUGGGAAGGCGUAUUCUGGAUGGACCUCAUUAGAUUUAUCAUCGAACAUGCUGGGGACGAGCACCUCGAAAUGUCCUUGUUUGCUCGCGCAAUCCGUUCGGUGCCUGAAAAUGGUGAAGUGUGGGCGGCGUACAUUCGAACUCUGGAACGACACGAUCUUGCAGAACAGAUUCCUGAUGUAUAUGCUGGUGCCAUGGAUACAAACCUAUUGUCUGCUUCCGAUGUGGUCGAGAUUACGCUCGCCUAUGGUGCACAGCUCAAGCGGCUUCUAAUGAGUUCUGAUACUCCAGAACCGGAUGAAGCACUACACGACAUCCUGACCACUAUGCUGAAAACCGCAGUUAAAAAGGUCCGUUCUCUCGAAGGGGCCGAUCCCCGGUUACGUUUGGAGAAAUUCUGGAGCAGUAUUUACGUGGAUCUGCAUGAGCCUAGCGAAGAAAUAAUGGAAACCGCUCGGAAGGUAUGGGGCAGCGCAGUAACGUUUUAUUCCAACUCGUAUCUCGCCUGGUCUCUGUAUGCUCAGUUCAUCUGGCAAGACUUGCGUGAUAUUAACCGUGCGCGCCGGACCUACCAAGAGGCUGCCGUCCGCAGCCAGCUGGAUUGGCCUGAAGCUAUUUUCGACGCCUGGAUUGACUUCGAACAUCGCUUUGGGACGGCCGACGAAGUGGAGGCAGCGUUGAUUCGUGUGAAACAUUUGUCGGACAAGGUGACCACUAAAAGACAGGAGGAAGCAGAAACAUAUAUGGCCCGAACCACACAUAUCCAAGCCGAACAGCAAGCACUGCAGGCCGUUGAGAGUGUUCCGCAACCUGUUGCUGGUAUGGAUGUGGAUUCAGCAGUUGAUAGCCAUCGAGAUUCCAAGAAGAAGCGUAAGGCAGAAGAUGAAGGAGAAGGUUCUGCCUCAAAACGACCCCGUGCUGCGGAACAGGUGGUCGAACAGCCAGCUCAAGUAUCAAUGUCCCCUGCUCCUGCGGAGCCGGCCUAUCUCAAGCGUGAUCGCGAGAAUUCUUCUGUUUUGGUCUCUGGAUUGCCUAUGGAUGCCACGGAGGAUGCACUGCGGCAGUUAUUCCGUGAUUGCGGGGAAAUCCGAGAGAUCAAGCUUAGUGAGGUGCCUGGAAACCAUGUCGCAACUGUGGAAUUCAUGACCAAGGACAGCGUGCCAGCCGCGCUUACAAAGGACAAAAAGCGAAUCAGUGGGGCAGAGAUUGCCGUCAAUCUGGCAUGGAAGUGUACCCUGUUUGUCACCAAUUUUCCGGAGAAAUACGAUGACCCUACAAUUCGGCAACUUUUUUCCCCUUUUGGAACGAUCAUUGACGUUCGGUGGCCCAGCAAGCGAAUCAAUACUACAAGGCGAUUCUGCUAUGUCCAAUAUACCUCACCAUCGUCAGCAAAUGACGCUUUGUCUUUAAAUGACCAAGAGCUCGAAAAUGACCGUCGGAUAAGCGUCAAUAUCUCGGAUCCCACGCGAAAGAAGCAGCGCACGGACGCCGGCGCUGAUAAGCGUGAAGUGUACGUAGCUGGCCUCGCCAGGGGUGUAAAAAAAGAAGAGCUGGAAAAGCUGUUUGGUGAGAAGGGCAGUGUGAAGGAGGUGCGGCUGGCUCUCGGCCCCGACGGGCUGUGCAAAGGUUUUGGCUUCGUAGAAUUUCAGGAUGAGGUUGGUGCCGAGGCGGCUUUAUCUCUGAACAAUACCGAAUUUAGAAAACGACGUCUCGCCGUCACCCUUGCAGAUGCCAGGGUUCAUGCGCGGAAAGAACUGCCUGGUACAGGGCAAGGCCGUCAAGUAGAUCUGCGUAACCGCAGCGUGAGACUGCGGAAGAUUCCACCAGGGACACAAGAAGCAAUCAUCCAGCAAGUGGUUGAGAAACACGCCAGUGUUCGCAAAGUUGUGAUGAAGACCGGUACAGAUGAGGCGAUUGUUGAGUGCGACACUAUUGCGGAUGCUGGUAAAUUGACUCUGUCUUCGGACCGUAUCGUCGUCAAUGGCCAUCCUCUGGAAGUCCUGGAGGAGUCCGCUGCACAGGCAGUACGACCAGCGGCGGGAUCCUCCACUGGCAUGUUCGCCCCACGGACGGCUGGUCCGCGACCGAAAGCUGGUUUGGGCCACAAGGGUACUGCUGGGCGUGCAACUCGAGCCGCUGCGGGCAGCCAAGCAAGUGCGGGCAGAGCUGGUAUUACCAGCAAUAGUGGAGCGGUCAAUGGAGCUGGUACCAACAAAGGGCAAGAUGACUUCCGGAAAAUGUUGAGUGGAGGGAAGUAGCCUGAACUUCUCGCAUGUAUGCUGGACUUGCCGAUUAAUAUAGACUGUUU